CUCCUGGCCACCAGCUGCAGUUCCCAGCGGGGACUCCCCCUCCCUGGCAGUGCAUUGCAGUCCCACGCCAGCAAGAGUCAGAAAUGAGGUGCACAGUGUUGGCUAUUUUUGCUUCAGGUGCCCGUGGCAGUUUUUGUGUUGCAUCACCCCUAACAGCACGUCUGCCAACAGCUGGUGGUUUCAGUUAUGCCAGCACAUGAGAGAGCGAUGUCUCCCUCAGGUCUGGACCCGCUGUGUGAUUCCCUUCACCUUCUUGCCUUGAGUCUUACAAAAAAACACUCCAGUUACCUCCCUUUCAGCAAACCGAGUACCCCAUAUCUGGCUAAUUUUGGGACAGCUUCCUCAGGCUGACCUGUAGUAAUGAGGAACUUAACAAAUACGCUGAUGUCAAAAGGCAUCUAAGAAUAAUUUUCCAACCCUGAAUGUGAACAUGUUGGAAAGCGUUCACAUGAGCCCACCUGCAUGGACAGCCCCUGGGCCAUGCGUCCUCUGUGCUGUCUUCCCAAAUCUCUGGCUGUGGUUGGGUUGGGCUGGGUUUCUUCCACGAGGUAAGUGCUUUGAUCCCUCAUUUGCCUUGAAGUUGCUAACACACCAUUUACAUUUAUUCCUCAAGAGCUGUAUGUGAUCCCUUCCAUGAGAAGUCUUACAGCUGAGGAGUACGUAGAAGCCUUUAAGACAUUUUUGGAUCAUUCAACCGAACAUCAGUGCAUGGAUGAGUUCAACAAGGAAGAAAUGCCCAAGAUUAUGGCUGGUCUCGGCAUCGGAAAAUCGACUAUAAAUGUCCUGGGAGUUGGAAGCGGCACAGGUGAACAGGAUUUGAAAAUGAUCAGGAUACUGCAGGCUGCGCACCCGGGGGUCUUUAUUGACAAUGAAAUCAUAGAGCCCAACCCACAGCAUGUGGCAGCUUACAAAGAGUUGGUGAAUCAAGCUCCAGACCUGCAGAAUGUCUCCUUCAUUUGGCACCAGCUCACUUCCUCGGAGUAUGAACAAGAGGUGAAAGAGAGAGGCACACAUAAGAAAUUUGACUUCAUCCAUAUGAUCCAGAUGCUGUACCGAGUGGAAGAUAUUCACAAUACUAUCAAGUUUUUCCACAGCUGCCUCGACCAUCAUGGUAAACUCCUGAUCAUAAUUUUAUCAGACAGCAGCGGAUGGGCCAGCUUAUGGAAGAAUCACAGACACUGCUUGCCUUCCACCGACAGCGGCCACUACGUCACCUCCAGUGGCAUCACAGAUGUUUUGAAGAGACUGGGGGUUGAAUACCGCGUUUAUGAGUUCCCGUCAGGCUGGGAUAUCACCGAGUGCUUUAUCGAGGGGGACCCGGUUGGAGGCCACAUGAUGGACUUCCUGACGGGGACAAAAAACUUCCUGGGCACUGCCCCCCCGGGACUGCGGCGGCAGCUGCAGGAGGCUCUCUGCCAGCCCGAGUGCAGCAGCAACAAGGACGGGAGGAUCAUCUUCAGCAACAACUUGAGUAUGAUUGUGGUUGAAUCCUAGAGUCUGGACCAACUGCAGAAGACAAGUUAGGGUGGGCAUAGGGACAAUGUGUUGGCAGAAGGACAUAGUGUAGGAAGAAGGCCACUUGCAGGCAAGAAGGUAAGAAAGUGGGGCUCAGCCACAGCCUCCCAUUCCCAGCCAGGGCCAAUGGGCACUGUGACACUGGGGAUGAGCUCUUUGUCCCACACAGGUCACCAGGGCCAAGAUUCACCCUGGCUAUUUAGUCCAGCCCUAGGAGAAUGUUUUCCAGAGCUCCAUCUCACUAAAAGCCUACAUGGAGUUGCUUUUUUUUUUAACAGUAUGCAUCCUGUCUGUGCUUUUGACACUGGGAUUUCCACUUUUCUAUAUAGCCAGCAUGUUUACGUACCUAAAGACAUGUCUAUAUGACCAGAUGCUGCUUUGCAGCCAGGAGGAGGCUGCAGCCCCCGUUUUGGCUGCGUACAGACCCAGUGCUUCCAGCUGCACCAUGACAAACCCAGCAAGGUGUCCCUGCUGCUCUGCACCCAAGUAAUGUGCCUCACUGCACCCUGACUUGAGCUGUAAGACACUCCGCACCAAGAUAUUUUACAUGAUUUCAUCAGCCUAGGUAUUUACUGCCACAAACAUCUCAGCGUCUCAAAGUAUAGACAUGUCUUAAAAAUUUAUCAGCCUUUUUUGUUUGGAGAAUUUUUUGGAUCCCAGGAUGAUACUUGCCCCGUGCUCCUUCAGGCAAGUAUUAAUUUUGUUACUUUCUUACUACUGUUUUUCUCCAUAUAAAAUAAAAGCAAUUUUAAACCAAAAAAA